AUGCCAGGCAGACGUGUCGAGAUUAAGCGCAAACAUAGUGGGUUCGUCGUCCCGAGCUCGAUACUGACACCGGCCAAACAGGCUCGCAAAGUAAGACAGCGACGCAGGAAUGCCAUGCCCUUUGAUACCAAGAAAGCAAAGUUUUCGGCCUUGCCCAACGAGAUCCUGUUGAUGGUCUUCAGCCACCUUGAUGUCCCCUCGCGUAUCACCUUGGGCCUCACCUGCCGGUUUUUCGCCGCUAUGUCACAAUGCGUGCCUACGGAUCUCAACGACAAGCCCUCAGUAGUGAAGUACCACGCGAAAUGCCAAAAUCCACCUUGCCUCUAUGCCAACCACAUAUCGGAUCGGCGCAUUCUCCUUCUCCAGAUCAAGAACUGGAUGCCGCGUGGCUACCGUCUUUGCUGGGUGUGUCUCAAAUAUACCAAAAUCGGCAGAAGCGCCGGACACCGCUGGCAUUCCACAACACGCGUGCGCUUCGACGGCUAUUGUCGACUCAACCUGCCCGCGACUGAUGGUCUUCGAGAAAUCCAUGCUCACCGCGACUGUUCUCGUUCCGGUCCGGACCUUCACUGGUGGGCUGUCGCCAAUCCCGGGGCUGCUGGUGGUUUCAUUCGGUCCAAUGGAUCCGUGACCCCAUCACCAUCCGCCCAUAUCUACAAUGCGGGCUUUUGA